AUCGUGAUAAACUUGCCAAGGAGCAGACGACAUUUCACGAGAGAGAGGCAGGGUGAAGCCUUCAGCAAAAGGGGAGGAAAAGCUAGGAGGUCUGCGAGAGAGGGAGGGAGCGUAAAAGGGAGGUCUGGCUGGAUGGAUGGCGUCCGUCCUUUGUGAAUUCCCCCUCCCUCCAUCUCUCUCUCUCCCUCUCACUCUCUCCUCUUCAGUCGGCUUGCGUACAAAUCAAUAGGAGGUCAUGAAUAUUCAAUAGAUUGACGGGUCACAUGACCACAAGGUGACCAAGACGUUUCAAGCGGUUGGGCGAAUUAGAGUUGACACGAACUGCCAAAGAAUAGUAUUUGGGGGGAGAAUUCAUCGAACGACUCAGCUCUCAGGAAACGUGGUUACAUUGCCAGAAAGUGACAGGAAUCGAAUGCUAAACUUGAAUUGGGAAACAAGGGUGAAGCACUGGGAAAGGCUGAAAAGAAAAAGAAAAAAAAAUCCACAAAACUCGUUUUCAGCUCAUGUGUUGCACGGCGCGCUGGCAUUGAGCAAAAGCCUUGCUCGCCCAAGCUUGGUCUGGCAACUUGGAGGCCCAGCUCUGCGUCCCCAGCGGUCCAUUUGGGGAAAAUUAUGUCCGUGGUGGAAGGAGUAUGCAGUCGAGGUUUGUCUUCUCUGUCCAUGACGUCGCUUAGUCCCUCGGUUUCACCACAACCACCACCACCACCAUCAGCUGCAACGACCCCCAGUCUGGCCGAGAUGAUUUGCAGGAAUAAGUUCCUAGAAGCUGCCAUUCCCAAGUGUUCUGGGUGCAGUGAGCAGAUUUUCGACCGAUUUAUCUUGAAAGUGUUAGAGGGCUCCUGGCAUGCCAAGUGCCUCAAGUGCGCCGACUGCCAGUCGCAGCUCAGUGAUAAGUGCUUCUCCAAAGGAGACAAAGUUUACUGCAAAGAUGACUUCUUCAAGAGGUUUGGCACGAAGUGUGCUGCGUGUGAGAAGGGUAUCCCCCCUACUGAGGUGGUGCGGCGAGCACAGGAACACGUGUACCACCUGGACUGCUUUGCCUGCCUCAUGUGCAGCAGGCAGCUCAACACCGGCGACGAGUUCUACCUCAUGGAGGACCGCAAGCUCGUGUGCAAGGCCGACUAUGAGGCUGCCAAAGCCAGAGAGUAUGAAAUGGAUUCAUCAAACAAGAGGCCACGCACCACCAUCACGGCCAAACAACUGGAGGCGCUGAAACGAGCCUACAACGAGAGCAACAAGCCGGCGCGACAUGUCAGGGAGCAACUCAGUGUGGAAACCGGUCUGGACAUGCGCGUUGUGCAGGUCUGGUUCCAGAACAGACGAGCAAAAGAGAAGAGGCUGAAGAAAGAUGCCGGACGCCAACGGUGGAAUCCUUAUUUUCGGCAAAUAAAGCGGGAGGGUGACCCCGACAGCUCACAGAGUGCUGAUGACCGCUCGGACGAUGGCAUGACCGAUGGCUCUUUCCAUGGUAGCAUGGAUGACCUGGAUCAAGGUGGACCAGGUCUCGGACAAGGCCGUCUGACUGGCGACCUGUUUCACAUAGACCACGACACACCUCUGGGACCCCCCCUCACAGGUAAUCAUCCGCCGGCGACCCCACCUGCCGAGUCUUGGUCUGCAGCCUUCGGAGGUUUACCAGGUGCGGCUCCUGCCUUCCUGGGUAGGAAUUCCCCGGGGGUAGGACCCCAGCUACAACCUCCCAUGUUACCGAUGGAGGCUAUACCUAUGGUGGGGGUCCCACGUUUGCUGUCAGCAGAAGAACCACCACAAAGCUACAUGGAUUACACCCCUUCUUCCAGCCACAACCACGUUGAAGUGUAUUAACAAACCUUCAGCACGCACUACGCAUCGUCUGAAGCGGUAAACGAGUUUGUGACUGGUGUUCCACGGAGUGGAUACUGUGAGAUGGGAAACUAUAACACCAUAUAGUCAACAGACAUUUUCUAAUGCAUCCAAAGGAAGACAAGAAGAAAACUUUGGACAGAAUAAACAAUCUUUGGUUCUUAAUAGCCAAAACCUUUCUUUCCAGAGUGACUUUGGAAAGAUAGGCAGCCAAACGCCAUGGAGGCAGAAAAAGCCUGGCAAGCAAACUGUUCUGCCUUUUCACCUGUAAGAGUGACAACUUCCGGUCACUCGUUGUACAAAAGGUCCAUUGUCAGUGCUUUAUGUUUCCUGGAGUCAAUGAACACGGAGCGUAUUCUUAACUUCCAGUUGUCCUGAACUUCGAGAUAUCUCUAAUUGACGAUGUUUGCAUUGCUAUACACCAGUGCACAAUCCAAACAGUCUCACAUGAUGAGAAAGUAACUCAGUGGCUUGGUCUGUACAAAGUGGUUGAUCUCCUAACAAACAUGUGUCCGCUGAUGACUGCUCAUCAACCUGAUGACUGCUCAUCAGCGGAGGUGCAUGACUCGAGAAGGAAAGAAGAAGAAAAUAAGCUUGCGCCGUUUCCUCCUAGAGCUUCAGCUUUACUUGAUUUGCAGUGAAGCAGAAGCAAGUGUUUGAGUUAAAUGAAAGGUCUUGUGUCAACUCCCUCACCAGUCUCCCCAAACCUUGUCCUGUAGUUGAGGUCUGUCUUAGCACCCAAACCCUUUGAUGCGCACGCGUUACAACAUUCACACUUCUUAAUUCUCGGUUUUCCGAUCACUUUCCGCUCUGAAUUCUUCGACAGUUGUGAGGCAGACAUUUCUUUAUCCGAGCAUGUUGAGGAAAUUAUGCAUAAUUUGCCCAUUAGAGUUUUGCAUAUUUCUGGAUCUUCCCAUAGUUCUAGAAAAAAAUGUCCAUUGUAAAUGCUCAUUCUCUCUCGGUGUCUGUGGCGUACAUGUCGUAUACAAUAUGCGACUUCACCACCAGUUCUCUGCAUAAUCUUGAAGCUGACAGAUCCAUUAUAAUUUUUCUUGCAUUUCCUCAGAGAUAUAUUUAAGUGUUAGUGACAUGUAUUAUCAACUGUUGUGAUGUUUCUAAUGGUGUAUUUUUGUGUAAAAAAAAAAAAAAAGCCUGGAUUUUCUUGUCUGAUUUUAUGUCUAUGUUUUUGUCUCGUUUAAGACAAUGAUCUCCAUUCUGUUUCAUUUCAAUUAGCGUGACAAAACAACUUCUUUAAUUAAAUUUCAUUACAUCUUUA